ACAACUUGCAAUUUAUUACGGUCUAAAAGUAACCAAUCCUUGGCAAUGGAUUUGUGUUAAUAUGCCACUGUGUGAGUGAGUGAGUGAGUGCGUGAGCGCCUGUAUGUAUGUGUGUACGUGUUAGUACGUCUGUGUGUAUCGAAGUGUUGGUAAUUGACAGCACCGGGUCGCGAGUGUGUGUGUGUGGAGUGGAAUGGAGUCUUCUGAUGACUAACAGGUUUUUUGGCCUCUUCAACAAAGAAAAUUAAAAAAAAAAUAAAUCAUACUACAAAUAAAGGAAUAUACUCGCAUAUACAUAUAUAUAUGUGCAUUUCGCACUCGAGAUAAAAGGGAAAACAGCCAUUUUUUUGUGCUCACCUAAAGUUUGCCUAAAGGAUUAAAGCAUUCAACAUUUUGACAGAGAGCUCAAAGGCCACACCAGAGAGACACACACACACACACAUAUACAUAAAAAUACAGAGAUGAAGAGCGGUUGAGCUUGAAGAAGAUAGAGAGGGGCAAAAAGGAUAUGCAAGGAUAUGCAAAAACCAGUAAAACCAAAUUCGCGAAAUUGCUAGAGAAGAAUCUCGGCGAAUGCAACCUGUGACUGGUCGUAAUUAGAAGGACUCACUCCAAGGACUUGCAUCUGUGUGUACGCGUGCAUUAGUGUGUGUGUGUGAAAGUGUCUGUGUCUGUGCAGGAUUGCGACAAUCUGUGUUCGUGGGUGUGUGUGUGUAACACUUGCGGAAAUUGCCUUCAUUUUUGCUUUUUUUGAAGAAAAUUCUCUUGCCUAUUGAUAUCACACAUCGUCAUCAUCAUUUUGGGGGCAUGCUGCUGUUGUUGCCACAACUGUUGCAUGCAACAUGGAUGGCGAAAAUCGGAUUAUACUCAAUGUGGGCGGCAUAAGAUAUGAAACGUACAAGGCCACGCUCAAGAAAAUACCCGCAACGCGUCUCUCACGACUGACCGAAGCGUUGGCCAAUUAUGAUCCGGUACUCAAUGAAUAUUUCUUUGAUCGUCAUCCUGGUGUCUUUACGCAAAUACUUAACUACUACAGAACCGGCAAACUGCAUUAUCCCACAGACGUUUGUGGACCUCUGUUUGAAGAAGAGUUAGAAUUCUGGGGAUUGGACUCGAAUCAGGUGGAACCCUGUUGUUGGUCAACUUAUAGCAUACAUCGCGAUACGCAAAAUACCUUAGCUAUUUUAGAUAAACUAGAUAUUGAGAAUGAGAAACCCACAGAGGAGCAAAUAGCACGACUAUUUGGCUUCGAAGAGGCUUUAAGCAACGGUGAGCUUAACUGCUGGCAACGUCUGAAACCCAAAAUCUGGGCCAUGUUCGAUGAGCCAUCAAGCUCGACGGGAGCCAAGAUUGUGGCUGGCAUGUCGGUUUUCUUUAUAUUUGUUUCUGUGAUAUCAUUCUGCCUGAAAACCCAUCCCGGUUUUCGUGUAGACCUACCCACCAGUCACCAUUCCGGAGGAGCCGGACCAACCAGUGCUGGUGGUGGCUCACCCCAUGGCCAUGAUCCGCUGGGCGGUGAUCCCGGACUGCCGCCUCAUCAUACGCAUCAAUAUCAUCAGCAUAGUAUAACGCCUCCCAGUGGAAGUAUUGGUCCAACAUUUCGUGUCACGAACUACACGAGCUACAGCAGUGGCAAUUUCACAUCAGCCCAGUCCACGCCCAUUGUAACCAUCAAGGGUAAUCAACGUCAGCGACUGAAACGGGAUAUGAACGGCAGUUCAUUUAACGAGUACAUCGAGCAAAAGCUACUCGGCCACAAUGGCAGGAGGCAACACGGCUGGGUCGAAACCUAUGGCCAGCCGCAUGAGGCCUUCUUCUAUGUGGAGCUGGUGUGCAAUGUGUGGUUCUUCAUCGAGGUUAUCAUACGGCUAAUUGUGUCACCCAAUUUGUGGCAAUUCAUCAAAUCACCGGUGAAUAUCAUUGAUUUUACCGCCACGCUGAGCUUCUAUACGGAUGUUAUGCAGCGUAUGGGUGAAUAUACCGGCCUUCUGGAGGCCUUCUCCAUUGUCCGCAUCAUGCGAUUAUUCAAAUUGACGCGACAUUCGCCUGGACUGCGCAUUCUCAUACACACUUUCAAGGCAUCGGCCAAGGAGUUGACAUUGCUGGUGUUCUUCCUGGUGUUGGGCAUUGUAUUUUUCGCCAGUUUAGCAUACUAUGCUGAGAAAUUGCAGGACAAUCCUGAUAACCAAUUCAAGAGCAUUCCAUUGGGCUUAUGGUGGGCCAUUGUUACUAUGACCACUGUGGGCUAUGGCGAUGUGGCGCCCAAGACGUAUCCGGGCAUGUUUGUCGGAGCUCUAUGUGCAUUGGCCGGUGUAUUGACCAUAGCUUUACCCGUACCUGUUAUUGUUAGCAACUUCUCCAUGUUCUAUUCGCACACACAGGCCCGCUCCAAGUUGCCUAAGAAGCGACGACGUGUACUGCCCGUGGAGCAGCCACGUCGUAAACGUGAGCCGCCGGCACCUCAUCGAGGACGAACGAAUGCUAUUAAACAGACGCCAGCAGCGAUGCCAGGUGUGCUUGGUGGUGGCCAUCAUCAUGCUGGAGGAGGCGGAGCUGGAGCUGGUGUUGGUGUGGGUGGUGGAGUCGGAGGGGUUGGUGGCGGUGGCGGAGGUCAGCUUACAACAGCUACACCCAUGUUCAAGGAUGCAUUUGGUGGGGCGAAAAUUGCGGACUACUUGAGUGUGCCGCCAGUGCAGAGUCUACAACCAAGAGCGGCAACGACUGGACAUGACUUUAUGCUGCCGCUUCAACCAAAACUUCUGGCCCCGUUGGAACGCAAAGAUCAACAUCCAUUGCAAUUGACUGCUCACAAUCUGGCCUCGGAUACACAUCAAUUGUAUGCCGGUCACGCUCAUCCUCAUAAAACUGGAACGGUUUUGAGUGUGCCACCCACACUGAGUAUGACCCACAGCCAGAUGCCGCCAGGCAUGGCCAGCAUGGGUCAAAGGACACCAAAUUUAAGUUAUCGAGCGAGCCAUGCCCAGGCUCCUAUACAACAGCCCAUUCCUCAUGCCCAUCAGGCCACAGCCUCCACCAAUUGCAAUAUCCAGAUCUCAGUGGCUGGUGCCUCUGUGGCCUGUACGGACGAAUUGAGGACACCAAAAGUGACAUUGUUGGAUGAUCUCAGUGAUGAGAUUAACUCAUCGACAGAUGAAUGCGGCGAUUGUUAUAUGGUGGACGAAAGCGAUACCUAUGAACCGGGCCGAAUGUUGGGCAAAAGUAAUGGAAGACAUGUCGGAGAGAGGGAAAUGCAGGAGAAUGUUGAUCAUAAUAAUCACGAUGAUAAUGAUGAUGAUGAAGAUGACGAUGGGGGUGAGGGUGAGGAAAGUGCAGCUGCUAAUGAUAGUGGCGACAGUAUGGGCAUGGGUGGCAUUUACAUAGGGCCCACUCACUGAUUGCCGGCAAUUAAAUGGGAUUUUCCAUGCUGAACAGUGCAGCUCAAACUGUGUAAGUGUAACUAAAAUUAUGUGUAAGCAUGUAAGUGAAAUGGUUUGAAUACUCUUAACAAUUGUUGUGAACACCUUUCUCUCAAUAUUUAAGUCAGAAAACAUGAAGCGGUUUCAGAGAUAUCUUCUUGAACUAAAAUCAUAGCAGUAGUGACUCUUCAACUUUAACAGUGCUGCUAAAAACUUACAUUACUCAAACUGUUUGUCAAAUGUUUUCACUCAGAAUCUAAAGGGUUUUCGGGAACUUAAAUCAAUAAAAAUA